AUGUCUCGCAGCGACAGCUUACUCGCGCCUUUACUGGAGGCUUCCGGUUUCGAUUCGGCGGCCACCGCCCGGACGGCCGGCGAUAUCUUCCUAGAAGGUCGCGUCCUAGGGGAAUUUGACGCUCGGAGAAGCGACGGCAAUGGCGAAAGAGAGGGUAGUGUGAACAGCGGCGGCAACGGAGACGACGACAAGAGCAUCCAGGACGGAAACGGGAACACCAACACGCCCUCCUCACCCUCCACGCCGCAAUCCGCCGUCACUCUCAUCAGUGAGCUCGGCAUCACGGCUUUCGUAAUAGUGGAUAACCCCAUAAACCCGACGUACCUUUUCCGAACCGAGACGGGCUACAAAAUAACGGGUGCCAAGUGGGUUGAGGUCACGGACACUGGCGCCAGCACUAUCAUGUCUUUGCCCGUCGCCGAGUCUGCGAGCCUCUGGACCGUCACUGUUCCGAUAGAUUCUGCUGUGGACCACACGGGCGGCGAGAUGUUCGUCGUGGUCGAUUAUACGGAACGAUCAGGCUCUGAGCUCGGUCGCGCUCGCUCGUUCGCAAGCACGUUAUUCACCGUCCUCAAGAGGGGAUCGACAGAUGCCGACGUAAUCGUCGCCGAAGCGAACCUCAACAGCAAGAGUUACAAGGAUGGCGGCGAGACCGUCGAAGGCCAGUCGGCAUGGAGUUCCACCCGCAACUCCUCAGGCCCCAGCCCCUCCGGCACCUCGGGCAACGGCGGCGUAACCACCGACGUGGCGGGCGGCACCGCCGCCCCAACGAUCGAAUCCGGCCGCUCCGCGUCGCCGCACGGCCGCCGCCGCGACUUCCCAACCCCGCCCCUCGACACCACCUCGUCUCUUCACGGCGCGCCCCACGACUUCCUCCAGGACAAGGAGGCCCAGGCCCACGUCGCCGACUCGCCCCAUUCCGACGACGCGCCCGGCCACAGCCUCCGCAACAGCGCCGUCGUGUACGCCGACCCCGUCGCCCCUUCGUCCUCUUCCGCCGCCGCCGCCGCCGGCCCCGCGGCCGAAGCGCGGAGACCCGAGGUGCCGACGGCCGUGGCGCAUCUCGUCGAGGAUGGCAUGACGGCGGAUGAGAUCAGGAGGUUAGAAGAGGAGGAGAGGGCGCUUGAUCAGGCCAUCGAGCAAGCUGCGAAACGAAAGUAG